ACAAACAAGCCUCAUCAUUCGUACUUCUGUGCGUAUCGCAACCUUGAACUUAUUUCCAUACAUGAAUACUAUUUUCUGAUUUGAUUAUUUUAUUUAGAAUUAAUUACUUAGGUGACUAAAACUGCAAAAUAACGGCUUUUAAGAUAGAAAACCAGCAACGGCAUAUAAUCAGACAGCAAUAAAGUAUUUGUGCGACGGAAUGCAAUUAAAAUAUUUUUUUGCCUUACUUUAGCUCGCAUCUUAAUAUUUUACAGUUUUAGUCACUAGCGUCAGUGAUAUUCGAAGCGAACUUUUUGCUUGCUAAGUUGUGAACAACCGCUACCUAGAUAUUCAAUGUACCUAUUGAUAGUUCCAAUCGAGCAAUGAGUUCGACAACCAGCGCCAAGAAAGAAGUGACUCAGUAUCAUAGAAACAAACCAGACAAGAUUUUCAUCGGAAUGGCGUCCAACAUUUUCAAGCAUGCCAUCAUCCUCUUCCGGAUGUACAUUGACUGGCUCAUCGACCUGGUCUUCGGCUUCUACUGGGAGGGGAAGAGGGUCAAGAUCCCUGACCUUGAGAAGAGGCACAGCAUCCUGACAGAGAGUGCUGUGGAUAUAGCAGCCAAGAUCAGAAACAAACAGUUGAAGUCAGAAGAUCUGGUUAAGAUCUGCAUUGAGAGGAUACAACAAGUUAACCCUAUAAUCAACGCGGUUACCGACGAGAGAUACGAGGCGGCGCUCGAAGAAGCCCGCGAAAUCGAUCAGAAGAUUGCUAAAGGAUUGCCCGAUGAGUAUUUCAAGAAGAAACCGUUUUUGGGCGUACCCUUCACAGCCAAGGAGAGUCACGCGGUCGCUGGUCUCCUGCACACGCUGGGUGUGCUCGCUCGGAAAGACAUCCGCGCCCAUGAGGACGCGGAGUGCGUGCGUCUGAUGCGCGAGGCCGGGGCCAUACCCCUCGCUGUGACUAAUGUGCCGGAGAUUAACAAGUGGAUGGAGGCCCGUAACUACGUGUUCGGGCAGACCAACAACCCUCACCACACAGGCCGCACGGCGGGAGGCUCCAGCGGCGGGGAGGCCGCGCUACACGCCGCCGUCACUGUGCCCAUCUCGCUCUGUUCUGACAUCGGUGGUUCAACCCGGAUGCCGGCUUUCUUCAAUGGUCUGUACGCGCUCAACCCCACCCCCGGACACACCAGCCUUAAAGGUUCUGGUCUCCGCACGGGUGAGGAGCCGACGAUGGCGGCCAUCGGGUUCUCCAGCCGCCACCCCGGGGACCUCGCGCCGCUCACCAAGGUCGUGGCCGGGGACAAGGCGCAUCUGCUCAACCUGGACAGGGUCGUCGAUAUUAAGAAACUGAAGUUCUACUACGUGGAGAGUUCUGACGACUGGCGCCCCAGCCCCAUCUGUGCGGACCAGAGGAACGUCAUGAAAAAAGCCAUAGCCAAGUUGACGGAAGACGCCGUGUCCACCGCCCACGUCCCGCAGCCGUACUACCACUCCGGCUUCAACUACCUGUUCCUGUUGUGGCGCUACUGGAUGACGCACGAGGUCGAGGACUUCGCCUCCAUGAUCACCAACCGCAAGGGCCGCGCUAGCUUCUGGAAGGAGCUCGCUAAGAAGUGUGUGGGUAUGUGUGACUACACGUUCCCGGCCCUCAUGAAGCUGUUCGACGAGCAGGUCGUGCCGCCCGUCAACAAGGAGUGGGCAGAGACCACCACCAGGGAACUCAAGGACGCUCUCAUUGAGUUGUUAGGCGAUGACGGCGUGUUGUUAUUCCCGAGCUGCCCGCUGCUGGCCUCCUACCACUACGCGCCUAUUCUGCGCCCUUUCAACUUCGGCUACUGGGCCAUCUUCAAUGUACUACAGUUUCCUGCCGCACAGGUCCCGUGCGGUGUGAACAGCGACGGCAUCCCUCUGGGUGUCCAGGUGGUGGCGGCGCCGCGACACGACGCGCUCUGCACUGCUGUGGGCGCCAGCCUCGGACAGGCUCUGGGCGGCGCGCAGCCACCCUGCAGGGUACACUAGGGGGCUAGUACUCAGUUGCCUAUCAAAACAUGGUAAAACAGUGCCUGGUCACACACAUAGGAAACAUAAAUUUAAGUGUUUCAGCAUCAUCAGAACAUGGAACGUAGGAAUUAAAAUUAUUUUUUUAUUCUUUGAAAAACGACUCCCCCGAAUUUAAUCCGUGUGUCGCGGGGGAUUUUACAAACAUACAAAUCAGGGGCACAGAUAUACCUAGACUCAGAACAAGCAUUGGUGGAUCACACAAAUGCUUAUUAUAAGGGGUCGAACCCGCGAGAUUUGGUGUAGUGACCUCAAAUAAACAUUAAAUCUACAAUAUUACACAGAAGUAAGCAGGCAAAAUCGAAAUAACAUCCUAGAUAAUAACUUUUACAAAGGAAAUAAAAUUCUAUCCUAUUUUGUUACAUCUAUUCAUAUGAAUGCAUUUAAGCAAUUCAAUGUUAAUUGUCUAGAUGUAAGUAUAAUAUUGUUGUAAGCAAAUUUUGCUAAUUGUAUCUUUUAAGCAAUAACUUGGUGCCUUGUAGUCAUAAGUUAAAUAUUAAUAUAAAAAUUCUCACUCACUCAUUUGACUGCUUUGGUUGUGGAGUAUAUGAAGAGAUGCUAUUUACAAAUCAUUAUAUGGUCGAAUUAGUAAUUAAGUAUUGAAGUUUAUUUAUUAAAUGUUGGAAGAAACAUUGGCUGAUGAAUAAAGUACCGUAACAUAUUGAUUAUUUUUACUGUUAAUUGUAUAAGUACAUAAUAAAAUCUAAAAAUAGCAGAUUCACAUAAGAAACAAGUGUUUAAAACAAUAAUAUGGUAAAAACAACAGUUACAGUACAUUGACAUCUCAUAAUAUGAAUAACAAGUAUGUUUAACAAAUGAUUAAAUUGAAUGUAAAUUGUUUUGUUGUAAACAUCUGUUUUGAAGGGUGUGCAUUUAUUCAUAAUUAAUAAUUUAUUUUAUAAUUAAAACUUUGAUGUAAUAUUUUUAUCAAUCUAUUUUUUGGUUUGAGUUGAAGUCAAUGUAUUUAUUUUAUUAACGUACACAAUCACGUAAGUCGUAUUUAUUAUUAUAUUAAAUAAUAUAUUUGCAUAAUUAAUUAAUUAUUUUAUUUUAAGACUGAUGUCAGUUCUUGGUGGAGGAUAAGCAGAUAAACAUUUGAUUACUCAAUAAAUUAUUAUUUUAUA